UUCCAUCUGCUGAAGCUAUUAUUCCUUGUGUCAGAUUCGCAAACUGCACUUAGAUCUUUUCAUGACGUCAGCUAGCAGCUAGGCAACUGCUAUAAGGACAGAGUGGUCACUUGGAACCCAACCUUAUAAAUUAUCCUAUCGAGACUACCAACGGAGGCUAAGCUGGAGAUAUCAAUCACCAAAACCUCAUAUCUACACAACAGAAUACCACCAUGAGCGAAACACUCCUCUCCAUCCUAACAGGAGAACCCUGGUCCUGGGAUCCAUACGAAUCCAACCAAAUAAGAUUCAACAAAGACGGCACAGGCACACUCAUCUGCCGCCUCGAACUCGUAGUCUGGAUCGCCGCAGAAUUCGACUGGAAACCCCAAAACCCAGAAUGUCUCUCUCAACCUAUCGACCUCCCGACUAAUCCCCCAAAACGCCCAUCCCACCUCACCCAAUUCAACAUCGAGAUAGCGCUCACCAAACGCCGUAUUCCUGCACUGGGAGACGCGGUAAACCGUCGUAUCAUUAAUGAACAGCUGCUCACGGAUGCGGCUUUCCUGCCGAAGAAAUAUACCAUUAAACUCGAGAGUGGGCAGUUUCUUUGCGCGUCUGAUGUUGGGGGUGGGUAUAGUGAUUCGCCGAGGUUUGGAACUCGCUUGUCUUUUGAUAGGUCGCCUUAUCCGCCGCGGGAGGAGUGGAAGGAGACGGAUGGUGGGGUGGAUGCGAAUAAGUUUUGGGAAUGGAGGGAGUUUUGCUCGAGGAGGCUUCCUGAGAGGACGGGGCUGUUUUCGAGGAUUUUGGGGAGUUUUGGGGGUUGAUAGGAGUGUAUGUUGUGGUUGAUGUGAGAUUGGAUGUGUGGUUUUGGUUUGCUUGAUAGGUUCUAUGGUUGGCUCUUGUGUUGAUAUGGACUCUGUCUAAUGGUGUUUUCUUGUUAUUGGUAGGUUACGACUAGUUAAUAUUGAUAAUACAAAGGAUGCAUGUCAGAAGAAUUGUAUUCGAGAAUUAUGAAUAAAUUGUUUCAUGCAUA